AUGGAACCCCGUAGGGUGUCGCUCGACGACGAUGGAUCAUCCACGAUCGCUCCUGCGUCGCCGCCUCUCCGGCGGCGUGUCUCGAUGGAAGAGGAUCUCUACUAUCAGCGUAUCAUGACAAGCCCGCGCCGACCCUCGCAGCCGCCCCCGUACCAGCAAGAGCCUACAUCAACGUCAACUACAGAUCGUUCAGCAAAGGGGAAACGCCUCGCGAGCGGUGGGGGCGGCCAGAGUCAAGUUCGCCCAGAUACAACAAAGCAAAAGGAACCACUGCCCGACUACAAGAGUUACAUAUCCCUCGAGGGCGUCUUUGACAAGAAACACGAGAUCGAGAAUACAAUAAAGAGGGCCGAGGACCGUCAAUGGCAUCCCGUCUAUGUGACACUCAACGGGACCGCACUCAGCAUUUAUGGGGCGAAGAAGGCUUGGGGAUGGGGAAGGACUCGUGAUGAUGGACCAUCAAUCGACCCAGACAACCCUCCAUGGAUGAAAAAGGGCAAGCUUGAAAAAACGUACAGCCUACUCUAUGCGGAUGUUGGUAUCGCCGCCGACUAUAAGAAGCGACGAUAUACCAUCCGUGUUCGCGCAGAGACGGACCAAUUUCUUCUGUGCUGCGUUGAACUGAGUACCUUUAUCAAAUGGCUCGAAGGACUGUUUGCCGCCAUCGACAUUGCUCUCCCUCUAGAGGACCGAGACUUUCCCCGUGAUAUGUCCAUCCCCCGGAUUCAACGGAUUCGCUGGUUUCAUGGACAGGCCCCAACCGCCACUGCCAUUGACCUUUCGGAGUUGGGUAUCGAAGAACCUGCUGAAGAAGUCUCGGAGAAUCCAGAUGUGGAACGGCUGUCGACACGUACGGUUGUGGCGCCAGACUCUCAGACCAGAGUAGAGCCGGAGCUCGAGGUUGAUGGGGAUGAGGAAGAAAUAGCAGAGCCUCCUCCGCGAAUAGACCCGAUCCGCCGUCUCAGCACGACGUCAUACAACAACCUAGGUAUCGACCCUGUCGAUGGCAAAUGGAUCCCGGAACAUAGGUGGUCAAGUGCCCACGACAUGCUGUACGCCAAGCUAUGCUACAGCAACCUCUUGUUCAGGAGCCCCCGCAAAUCUCCAUACAUCAUCAGCAAGGGGAAGAAGUGGUACGUUGAUUGGACGACAGGCCGCAUGGUCAGGGUUCUGCCACCAGCGUACGGAGAGAUCGACUAUUUUGGAGCUUGGCAAACAGUUCAUACCGAAAACAGGAGGAUAUAG